AUGAAAAGCUAGAGGACCAAGAAGUAAAUAAAUCAUAAAUCAAAGGGUAAAACCAAUAAAAGAGUUGUCGUGGACUGAGAAUCGGCCGACAGGCUUCCUUCCAUCUCCGAAAAUCCCUUCAAAUUGAAUUUGCCGUCGAGAAAUUUCCUUCCCCCAAAAUUAGCCGGAGAAAAAAAUGAAGCGGAAAAAAUGGUCAGAGGUGGAAGAACAAUCUCUGCUGUCGAAGUACUCGGACCUCCUCAACUCCGGCACGCUGCCGAAGCUAAAGACCAGGGAGAAGAAGUUCCGACCAAUCGCCGACCACGUCAAUUCCGAGCACCACCUCCAAGACCCGAUCACGUUCCCCUUCAAGUGGUCGUGGCGUGACGUGUCAAUCAAAGUGCAGAACAUGCGCCACCAGUAUCUGGGCGUGAAGCAGAAGAUCCGGAUCUCCAACAGCGACUUCAAUUGGGAUGAUGGAGAAAUCCACUGGGUCAAUUUCUUGAAGUACAAGCAAGUCUUCGGCGACAUCGAGCUCUCCGACACCGCCGGUAAAUCGGUCGGCGCGAAAUUCGGCGACGAGGGCAUUUCGGGUAUUUUGGGAUAUGAUGUGGGCAGUGAGGAGAUUGAGGAUGAUGAAGAAGUGUACGAGGAGGAGGAGGAGGAAGAAGAUGGGGAGGAGGAGGGGGAGGAGGAAGAGGGGGGUGAUUUGGGGGCGAGCGAUGGGGGCGAAAGGGGGGCGAAAGAGGGGAAUGAAGAAUUAGGGUUUAACGAGGGGAAGAAAUGGAGAAAGGGGAAAAGAUUAAGAAUUGUGGGUGCUAAAGUAUUGGAAUUGAGGGAUGUGAUUAUGAGGAGAGAGGAGAGAUGUAGAGAGAGAGAGUGGAAUAAAGAGACGGAAGCGAUGGAGAACGAAGCGGGUAGAAACGAGAGGGAAAUGCGGAUGAAGAAACAGAUCGAAGAUAGGGAGGAAGGGGUUUUGGCAAAGGAGAUGGAAUUGGAGGAACUGCAGGUGAAUUGGAGGAAGAGGGAACUGGAGAGAAGUACGCGGUUGGAGAGAGAGCUCGAACUGGAGAGGAGGAGAAGGAAGAAGCGCGAGGAGAAGUGGGAGGAGGAAGAGAUGGAGUGGAGGGAGAGAUUGGUCGGAAUGCAGACGGAGCACGAGAAGCAGAUGAUGCAAAUGCACGCGGAUUCUUGCCAGAACCAAUUGCAGAUUCUUGGGGUGGUGGCUCGGAUUCUGUGUCAGUUUUUCGGGGGGGCCAGUCACGAUGGAUUGGGGGCGCUGACCCCUCAGGUCGUUUUGCAGCAUCCAGGUGGCGGGUUGAGCGAUAACGGGGGGAAGGCUGAUGCGGCUUCGCCCUCUGAAUUUUUGUAGAUAUGUGCUGAUAAAAGGGGUAUGAUUGGGUUUUUGUUUUAGUGUGUCCAUAUAUCUGCAUAAUAUGUAUUGAGAUAUAAUCUUAAGAAGUGGCUAAUUGGAUUUGAGGCAAUAUAAAUAUUUGAUGUAUAUGCAGUGGAGUGUG